AUGAUAGUUGGUAGAGAAUUGAAUGUGUUGUUUGAUUCUGGAGCGACACACUCCUUUUUGUCUGAAACUCUUAUUCCAGAGUUGAACCUACCCAUGAGAGAGUUACAGUAUGAUCUCAUGGUAUCUGCACCAACCUAUAAAUUGAUAAAAACAUCGAGGAUGUGUCCUCAAUGUCCAAUAGUUGUAGAAGGACGUAGGUUCAAAGUACAUCUUAUAUCCUUACCCCUACAAGGUUUAGAUGUAAUCUUAGGAAUGGAUUUAUUAUCUGCCAAUCGUAUCCUUAUAGAUUGUAGCAAGAAGGAGUUGAUUUUCCCUAAUCCUGAAGAAGCGGAGUUGUUGUCAGUACAACAAGUGUUAAAGGAAGUCAAAGAAGGAUCUUCGUGUUUCGUUAUCUUGCCUCAUGUAGAAGUUGAGAAAAACGAACAAAAUCUUGAUAUUCCUAUAGUUAAUGAGUUUAAUGAUGUGUUCCCAGAAGAAGUACCAAGAUUGCCUCCUCAACAAGAAGUAGAAUUCUCCAUUGAUUUAAUACCCCAGAGCUGGACCAGUAUCAGUAGCUCCAUAUCGAAUGGCUCCGGCGGAGCUAGUUGA